UACAGUAUUCAUGCAUGUAGCUGUGUAAAUAACGUAUAGCUACGAAAAAUGCAUAUCACUUUUUUUUUUUUUACUGUGGAUUAUUUCAUUAACUUUUUUGAUGUACAUACAUUUCUAGUAAUAUUCAUUAACUCGACAUCCGUCGCCUAAUCGUGAUUGAUGUGAUUAAGGCAUUUCUCCAUAGUUCUGUUAAAGGUCAUUCACGAUUCUGUUGUCUUAAGACGUGAAUAAGAGGUGGAGAAAGUGCGAGGUAGAGGUGGAGAGUGCGAGAAAAACCGAUGAAUUUCAAGUAGAAAAUGCGUAAAUACGAGAAUUAGAGUUAGAGAACGUGUGAAUAAGAGGCGGAGAAUGCGUGGAUUUGAAGUGGAGAAAACUUGGAUCAGAGGCGGCGAAGGCAUUCAACAGGGGUUGCUAUUGCGUGAAUCCCAGGUGGAAAAGGCGUGAAUUGGAGGUGGAAAAAAAACCAAACACGAAUCAGAUGUGGAAUGCAUGAAAACAUGCCAAACCGCUGCAGAGAGAUUUCGCCUUGCAUUUUGAUCGUCGGGAUUGCGAGAUCUGGAUUUAGUUUUAUACUUUGAAGACUGACCUGACCACAAGAUAUGGAUUUAAAGAAACGGAAAAUAUUUCUUGUGCUGUUGGGAGCUUGUGGGGUUAUUCUCAUAUUGCUGCCAAAUUUGUUAGAGUUCGGAUCGACACAUGAAAUCUUCGUAUUAGCGGCAAAUUUUCACAAUAGUUCUCUUUCAUAUUUAACAUCACUGAACUUAAAUCCCAGCGUUCUUUCAAAGGAUAAUCACGGACUCCAACAUGCAGUUACCGAGGAUAGAUUUAAAGAAAGUUUAAAUAAAUUGUUGAGGAAUCCGAAAUUAAAUGUAACAAACGAAAUUUUACGUUACAAAAAUAUGCAUAAUAAAAGUAACAUACAUAACGAUAUUCCUAAUGCUUUAAAAGAUGUAGUGAAUAAUGACUUAGCGACUGAACAACCAAACAGUGAUGAAAGAAGCUCAGAAAAGACAAAACCAUUUAAUCCUAGUAAGGAUUUUUCUUCUGAAAGUGAUUCAUAUUUAGAAACGAGAAGAGAUUCUAAGGUUAGAAUAAAAAUUGUGUCAUCUGAUCCAUUUGUGCGAGAUAGAUCACGUGAAUCCCGUCCUGUAAAUAGCCAAUCAGUAUUAAAUUAUCAACAUUCCAAAUUCAGUGACACUAGUGAAACAUCGAAGAAAGCCCAAAAUGUUGUAGAAGAUCCACAGUCGGAUCAAGAUGUGCCAGUGUAUGAAAGACAGACAACACAGACUGCCAAAGCUUCUGAUGUAAUCCGAAGCUCAAAUGAUAUUUCUGAAGAAGUUCAUCCAGUUAACACUGUAUCUGUUCAAGAAGAGGUUAACAUACAAGACAAUCAUGGUUCAUACAACGAAAAUCCCAUUCAAAAUGGAAAUAUACCAUAUCAAGUGAAUAAUGAAAAUACAGAAGACACGGGCUUAGAUAAAAAGUCAGUUAACCGACCGAAUGACCACGCGGAGAGUGAUAUAAAUAAUGCAAUUGCAUCUCAAGAAAACACGAAUCCUAGAGAACUUACUGGAACUAUGAGUGAUUCUAGACCUUUUGAUCAAGAAAAGUUUAAUACGAUUCCAUCCCAAAUUGAACAGCAUUCUCCUGGAAAUAAUGUUUACCAACAGACUGAGAAAAUCUCCAAACCUGAACCCUUUGAACGUCAAGCAGAUCAUGUUGAUACAAAUUACGGUAAAGAUUUAGUUAGAGAAGUAGGGUUUACUGUAGAUUCAAGCUGUAUAAGGCGUGUAACUGGAGUGGAAGAUAUUCUGUGCAUGAAUCGACCACAGUUCUUACCGGAUUUCCGGAAUCCUUGCUGGUACCAGCGAGGUUCUUUGAGAUGUCUGCCAUAUUUCCAUAUCAUCGGCGUGUGUAAAACGGGAACCACUGAUUUAUUCGAGCGACUUUCCCAUCAUCCUCAGAUACUGAAAAACAAUGGCAUUUUGGGUAAAGAGACCUGGUACUGGACCUGGCAGCGGUAUGGCCACAGUAACUUCUACAAGACAAUUACUGACCGUAAGACACUUGACAACUUUAUUGACCAAUUUGACGCUGAUACCAUAGAACGCUACACAAAGAGAAUGCCCAACGGAUCAUUGUACCACCCUGUUGUGACCGGACAUGGUGACCCAAUGGAUUUCUGGGACCAGUCGUCAUGGAAACGGAUUCCACAGAAUGACCCCACCACUGACACUCCGGAAGUUACCACACCCAGUCUUAUCAAGCAUGUGAACCCCAGUGUAAAAUUGAUCUUGAUUUUAAGAGACCCAGUAGAAAGAUUAUUCAGUAAUUAUUUGCACGGAAAAUUUGGAACGACAGCAGCAGAAUUCCAUAGGGAUGUACUGAUGUCACGAUCACUGCUUACGUCAUGCACGAGAAACCGGAGCAUGAAGUCAUGUCUGUACGAUGAGAAUAUAAUCAGAAGUCUAAGGGUACCAAUAUCCGGAAGUUUCUACUCCGUCCAUUUACAAGAAUGGUUAAAAGUGUUUCCUAGGAAACAGAUAUUCAUACUCAAGACUGAGGAGUUUUCACAAAAGAUUGCAGAUACAUUGCUACGCAUUUUCAGAUUUCUGCAUCUAGACCCACUGCCAACUAGAGAUCUAUACCGCAUAGCCAACAUGCCACAUUUUUACAACACCAAAGCCAAGGAAACUUCCGGCGAGAUUCAAGACGAAACGAAAACUAUUCUACGCUCUCUGUUUGAACCUUACAACAACGAACUGGCUGCUAUUCUAAAUGAUCAGAAAUAUAAUUUCAAUAAUAUCUGAAAAUACCUAAUCGGCAAUGAUGUUAUUUCAGUAACGUUUUAACAGAAAGCUUAUAUCUGUAGAGCAUGACCGGGAACCGUUCAAAUUUUGAAAUUUACACAUAGGCUUUAAAUAUCUAAAACCUGCAUUGAAUACUCAUAUGCUUAUAAAAUAAUGCCGACGUCUCGCAUAAUGAAAUAUUAGCAGUGUAAAGUCUAAGUUCUAGGUCGUGCGGCGUUGAGGAGUCCGAACGUGCUCGUGCAAGUGUAAUACCAGUGACAGUUGAAUGAAUUUGUGCAAACUUGAGUCAGAGCAGAUAUUUAUGUAACUGUGCGGAUUUGCUUUUCAUUUAAGAAUCGAUGUGUUUCAAUAAUUCAUGAAACCGUAUAUAAUAGACAAAUCUGUAAUGUGUUGAUAUUUGGAGUGAACUACAAGGAUGCCAGGGUGAAGGAUAUUAAAGGAGAAUUAGUAUGGUUAUUAUCACAUUACAUCUGAAGAGACUUCUGCUGUAUAAAGACCGUGGGAUGGCAUCAGAAUUGUAUAACAAGCUCUUUGAAAUAUAAUCUACUUCCAAGUGUUGUUUCAAAUUUAAGGAUCUGAUAGAUGCACAUAUAUAAUGUUGACAGAUGUGAAUAUUGCUGCACUGAAAUGACCCGUACUGACCUAGUGCAAUAGAGAAUGUCGGCGCUUCAAAGAACUCCAUUUUUCCGUAGCUGGAAACCUUGAGUAGUACUUUGUGUAGACUAGCUCCUAGACUAUGAUAUAUCUUUUUACAAUUUUAUGAUUGAAUGUAGUGAACUGAGCCAGUGUAUAUCCUAUGUCCAAUAUCAGUCCUGUCUGAAAAUCUCUAAAAUAGACUGGCUUUUGUCUCUAUGAAAUUGAAUUUGUCAAAAAAGGGAAAAUAUAGAAAUAUAGUUAUUAUCAGUCUAGUGGUUAGUCUAUACUUUGUGAUGCGCAUGCAUAUUAUAUAGGAGGGGAGAUCGAAAAGUUUUUUUUUUAUUAUUCAGUUUUCGUUUUAUUGUAUUUUAUAUAAUGUUUCUACAUGCAUCGAGGUUUUAUGAAUACAGUCUUUCAAAAUGUACGUUCUUCCGUCCGUUAACACUGAUUAACGUUUCUGUAUCAUAAACAUGUCAUAUUAACUUUUUUUGAAGUCGGUAAAAUUGCUUUUGAAAACAAAAACCAGAACAGCUACAGGUCUCUAAUUAAACAUGGCAGCAAUAUAAAAUCUAAUACCAAACAUUUAUAGGAAAGUCAUGCCUGACUAGCUAUUUGGUAUAAGUUAAAGACAUGAAAACUUUCAUUACACAGACUGGCAACAUAUAGCCACUUUAAACGGAGGAGUUUUAGACUAAUUAUAUCUCCAAGAUCUAUUUCAAAUUUUUAUAUUGUAAGUUAUAAACUUACCCUACAGGCUACGGUGCAUAAUUAAAAUCAGAUUAUGAAGAGAUGAAUGCUUACUGUCAUAAUAUGCAUUUGAUUUACCCAUUUACUUGUUUAUGCUACAUAGAGUUAACGGCUGUUUGCUUCGUGUUAAAACAUCUGCAGAACCCCUCGUGAUACGUUUUCGCCCGAGCCUUUAUUACUUACAGUCACUUGAGAUUCUGCAAAUGUUAUAUAACACGUAAAACAUGCGUCAUCCCUACAUUUGUUACUUUCAAGUAUGGUGAAACCGCUUACAGAGAUUGUUUACAUUUGUAUUUUAAAACUUUUUUUCAUCUUUUUAACCAGUUCAAGCCAUCUUUUUACAAUGACAGAAAUUAAAGUUUUACAAAGUUAAA